AUGUCGAAUAUUGCCCCCCAAAAGUACGGCUUGCACCUCCUUCGAUCUGGCCAUCGGGGCAGUCAAAGAACAUCACCUAGGCUCGUUACAGCGAACGAGCAACGUCGACUUCGUUUCUUAUCUUAUGGCUCCUCACGGCUCGGUCGAUUGGACUCUAAACGUAUCAUCAUCACAGGUGGAGCCCAAGGCAUUGGUGAAUCUAUUGUUCGCAAAUUUGCCUCCGAAGGAGCCUCUAUUACAUCCAUGGACCUGAACGACUCCGUCGGAGCUCGAGUAGCAGCCGAGGCCACGAAAGCCGGACCAGGAAAAGUCUCGUAUCUCUCUGUUGAUGUCUCUUCGAAAGAAUCGGUUACAAAGGCCUUUGUGGAAGCCACUCAAAAGAUGGGCGGUCUCGAUGUCAUGGUUAACGUUGCUGGGGUGCAGAAAAAUGCCCUUGCUCAUGACCCUCCACUCGACGUUCUCGAGCGCGUUACGAAAGUCAAUAUCUGGGGCACUAUCUUUACCAACGCGACAGCUUUCACAUUGAUGAAAGAGAGUGGUAAAGGUGGCGCUAUCAUCAACUUUGGAUCCGAAGCAGGCCUGACUGCAGAGCGAGAUAACAGUGUGUACGGGAUGUCCAAAGGCGCUGUCCACACAUGGACUCGCAGUGUCGCGCGAGAGUGGGGGCUGUCUAAUGUUCGAGUCAAUGCCGUCUUGCCUUAUGUGGCCACACCCAUGUACUAUAGAUAUCGCGACGCGCUCUCGCCGGAAGAGUUGAAGAAUCACGAACAACUUUUGAAGGAGUUUCCCCUCGGAGGUAACCUGGGAGAUCCAACCAGAGAUCUGGCGCCUGUACUGGUAUUCUUAGCUAGUGACGACUCGCAUUGGAUGACAGGUCAACUGUUCCCAGUCGACGGAGGCCAUGUUGCAGUACGCUGA